GAGUGCAGUGGGAGUGAGUUGCUUUUUCCGUUCUUCAUUCAAUGGAAGAUUUGAUUGAGACAAGUUUCAUUCUUCUCUAAUGUAUUGUUAGCUUGCUGAGUCCGAAGAGAAAAUUAAUAGUAUUUACUGUUAGUCCUGGUUUAGUUGUCGCUUAUCUUCUUUCAGUGGCCUGUACUCUUUUGUAGUUGCGUAGGCCUGCCGCCAAUCAUGGCUUCAACGACGCGCCACGUUUUGGUGACCGGAGGUGCUGGGUAUAUCGGCAGUCAUACGCUGGUGGAGCUGCUGGCUGUAUCGCAGAGUGGUCCAAUCAAAUACGUUCCUGUUAUCCUAGACAAUUUGUCCAAUUCUUGUGAAGGAAACGAUGAGGCUGCCCGCAUUCCAGAGAGCGUGAAGCGCGUUGGUGAACUGGCUAGCUGGGAUCCCAUCUUCCAUCAAGUUGAUUUAUGUGACAUUGAUGCUGUGCGUCAAGUCUUUAGCAAGUACCCGUUCCAUUCUGUUAUCCACUUUGCUGGCCUGAAGGCCGUGGGAGAGUCGGUCGCAAAGCCACUGCGCUACUACCAAGUCAACCUCAUUGGUGCCAUGAACCUCAUGCAGGUAAUGGAUGAGUUCAAUGUCCGCAAUAUCAUUUUCUCCUCGUCGGCAACCGUGUAUGGCACACCAGAGAAGCUGCCCAUUCCGGAGGACCAUCCUGUCGGAAACUGCACCAACCCGUAUGGCAUGACCAAGUUCAUGAUAGAGAAGUUCCUCAUGGACCAGUGCAAGGCUAAGCCGGAUUUCAAUGCUGUGAUCCUGCGCUACUUCAAUCCCGUGGGAGCACAUUCGUCAGGCAGGAUAGGAGAAGAUCCAAGGGGUGCUCCUAACAAUCUCAUGCCCUACAUCACACAGGUAGCGAUUGGCCGACGUCCAUUCCUGAGUGUCUUUGGCAGUGACUAUGACACAACUGAUGGAACAGGUGUGCGUGACUACAUUCACGUAGUGGACCUGGCCAAUGGACAUGUUGCCGCACUGAAGCUUUUUGAGCGCGAGAAGCCUGUCGGCUGUGCAGUCUACAAUCUUGGGACUGGCCAAGGCUGCUCCGUACUGGAGAUGGUGACGGCAAUGCGAGAGGCCAGUAAAGUCGAGAUCGCGUACAAAGUGGUGGAUCGUCGUGCUGGCGAUGUAGCAUCUGUGUACGGUGAUCCGUCAAAGGCUGCUGAGGAGCUGGGCUUCAAGGCAACCAAGACGCUGAAGGACAUGUGUGAAGACAGCUGGCGGUGGCAGCAACAGAAUCCGCAAGGUUUCAACUGCUCGUGAACGGAUUCCUUCUACGAGCUUUGAUAGUACGUGUGCUACUCCGAAGGUCAGGACGGAUAUGUGCGUAUGCGCUGUAGAGCCACAUCUCCCGCCAAUAGUGUGCGCAAUCAGCUUUCUCCAGUACUGGUAAUGGCGAUUGUGCAAACAUUCGGGUUCGGCUGACCUAUCCCUAAUCCGCAGUGGUCUCUCCUGUAUGUACUGCUGGAGCUAUUUUUACACAACUUUGUUCCACAUUGUGCGACGAAACAAGGAACUUUGACUCUCUUAGGUCCAUCCGUUUGAGACUCGCAGUUGCAAACCGAAUUUUUCUUACUCGCGCUGUUCUAAUUUUAGGCGCAGUGCGUACACCCUUUUUUUACAUUAUUUAUUACCAUGUUGCUUAGUUGCGCCAUGAUCUAGGGUCUUGCCAUUUGCCGAGUUUGGCGCUGGGUUUAGAAGGCUGUGUGUGGGGUGUUAGAAGGACACGCUCGUGCCACUGUGCUGUACUUCUUCAAGUGUGCCGCACACAGUACACUGUCAUGCAGCACCCGCACACAGUACACUGUCAUGCAGCACCUGCGCACAGUACAUGCACAGCUGUGUAGUACCUAUAUCUUGUAACUUACUUGUUGAUAUUCUUAGCUUUUGGCGGUGCGGGUACCCCAAGCAAUAGUAGUGAUUUCAUAGUAAAAAAAGUACUCGAGUAAUAUAUUUCUGUUGAACACAUUUCAUGAAAGGUGUCCUAUGCCAUGCUGCUAUCCCACUGAUAAUAUUCUGCUGUGACGUCCUGA